GAAGCAAUAAUGAAGAAGUCUUAAGAAACUAACCAAGCAUUGGAUCUCCUCAGACACCCCACAUCACUUAUUAACCACCACCUCUCAACAUCCCACCACAACAGCAGUAAUUAUACACAAGCACAUAUUACACAUAUAUACAUAUAUACGCUAAUGCAACGCACAUCAAUCACACCACACACACCCACACAUACAGCAGGAAGGGAAAGAAGGCAUUCGAUCUCUCUUAUCUUAUAUUGUAAACAAGCACGCGACUCCAUUUUUAUUUCUAUUGCGAUUUUAUUUUUUUUGCCAGUUACAGAUAGCGCUCCUCUAAUGGUUAUUUUUCUUUUUCAAUGUGUACACCUCCUUUGGCAAUUCCUCUUUACCGUUUUGCAUACAAAUAAUAUCAAUCCAAAAAAAGGAUUAAUCGCAUUUUCCCUUAUCUCUCCAUAGUAUUUUGGAGAAGUGCUCCUUAGUAACUGCAAUGGAGGAUUCACAUUCGCCAUUGCAACAACAACAACCUCCACUUUCUUCUGUCACCGGCAGCAUAACGGACGAUAAGUCAGCAGCAGCCGAGGAUCUGUCGCCCAGUCAACAACCCCCGCCUAUCACCACCACCACAACAACAACGAGUGCCAAGCAAACAAGUGCACCACAAGCAACCACAACAAAAGCAACAGCCCCACAAGUGUCAUUACUGCAACAACAACAACAACAACAACAAGGAGUAGGCGGCGGUGGUAGUGGUGGCAGUAGUAACAAUCGUCGUCUAAUGAACAAGUUCCCGACGCUGCAUAAUGACAAUCAGCUCGGACGCGACUUGUUUGUCAAUAACAACUUUGACCGGAACUUGACCGUCGAGAAGGCGCGUUUCGAUGCCCCACAAACGCUGAUUACUCCUUCUGAUGAAGUGCCACCGCAACUAUCCAAUUAUCCUCCUGACGAAUCGCUGUUGUCUUCUUCGGCUGAGGGACGCUACCCAACGGUCUUUUCAUCGUCUACUUCAACCAAUGGUGGUGGCUCUGGAUCGCCCAUGAUGCCAAGUUCUUCGUUGAGUCCAUACUCCACUCUGACAGACCGCGGUUAUGAGACUGAACGAGGGAGUCGACGAACAACGAACAAAAAGCGAAAGCGACCUUCCAUUCCAAUGAAUGGUACUGCAAGUCCAGCAGAAGUGUUCCAUCGUAAUCUUAUUGACGCUGUAUCAAACGUUGAAGAUUCCGACGAAAAUGAACGCUAUGUAUACCAUACGUCGCAUGGAUACAAUUCGGAUUUGAACCAUCACCCUUACUCGCAUCGAGUGUAUAGGUUGCCAAAGGCGCAAGAUUUGGAAAAUAGCCGUCGAUGGCUAAGCGAUUGGUUUCGUCCUGUCGCUGCUGCUGUAAAUGGUCCUUCUCAUAAACAAAGUCGGGAUGAGGAUGUGUCGUCGAAUUAUCGACCCAAGCUUCGUUAUGUGAUGGAUUAUCCCCAUCGUUCCAAAAAAGAGUACUAUGAUAAUUAUCCAGACAAGCUGCGGCACUCGUCAAAUAGACGAAAUCGGCCCAUGCAAUACUACGGCGACGGUGGUGGAGGAUAUACGAGUGACGACGAGGAAGCAGCUGCACCUUUGCUCAGCAGGACGAUGGCGGGCAGGCAGCAAAAAUCACCAGACAGUGCAUCAUGCGGCCGAGUGUGUUUCAAUAUCACCCUGGGACUAUUUGCUGCACUCAUCUGCAUAUUCCUGCUAACUCUUUAUCGGGCUACACCCUUGACCGAUAUGUCGGUCGAGUUGGGCAGAGUGUUGGCCAGUGACAAAGAACUCAUCUUUGAUCUACACGUCCAUGCGAACAACUGGAACUGGUGGACUGUACAUAUCGCAGAUGCCGAUAUCGGUGUGUUUGCAUUCAGCCAAAUCGUACCGCUCUCGGCACCACUGUCAUCAAAUAUCACAACUGCAGCAGAUCCAGUUCCCGAAUACCUGGGAAACUUUUAUCAUUUUGACGAGCCGUUAUCUUUCCCAUCUACGUUUAUCAUCGACAAGCCAGCCAAAGCCAUUUCGCAAAUACGAAUCAAAAACCCGGGUGGAGAUAGGACCGGUAGUGAGAGAUGGUCUAGGAUGAUCCGCUAUCCAUAUGGACUCGUCACGCGUGGUGUGCUCAAGUACGAUCCCAUAUCAUUUGUAGCCAUCUACCCUCAAUCUGCCGUCAUUUGUAACGUUGUUCGAGUAGACCCAACAACAGGAACUGUUUCAGAAGAUCCGGAUCAAGGAUAUUGUUUAAAGGAGAGCAAGCAUCAAAUUCAUCGUUUAUAACUUUAGAAGAUUUUCCCCACAUCGUUAUACCCGCCCCCAAUUCAAAGCAACAAUGAACAAAAUUUCAGUCAUCAUGUCUCUUUCUCCGUACCACGGAAAGAUGAAAAGCAAUAGUGAAAUAAACCU